UGGAGUGGUGUUUCAAACAACUGUAGUUAGUUCGUGGCGCGCCGCCAUAGCGUAUCGUGUGUGUUUUCAUUUCCGUUCUCCGGGAAAUCUACUGUCAUUCGAUGAAAUUCAGUAAGAUGAAUAUCACAUCAGCAGCCGGCAUAAUUUCCUUGUUGGAGGAGCCGAUGCCCGAAUUGAAGGUCUUCGCUUUGAAAAAGCUGGAUUUGAUAGUGGAUGAAUUCUGGCCUGAGAUUUCUGAAGCUAUAGAAAAGAUUGAAAUUCUGCAUGAGGAUAAAUCGUUCCAACAGCAUGAGCUGGCUGCUCUGGUCGCCAGCAAGGUGUAUUAUCACCUGGGCAGCUUUGAGGAUUCUCUGACUUACGCUCUCGGAGCAGGAGAACUGUUCGAUGUCAACGCUCGAAACGAAUAUGUCGACACAACUAUCGCCAAGUGUAUUGAUUACUACACCCAGCAACGCGUGUUGGAAGCAGAGGGAAAGCUUCCUCCGGGCAGCAAGGGUAUCGAUCCCAGAUUGGAGGGAAUAGUUAAUCGAAUGUUCCAGCGCUGCCUGGACGACAAUCAGUACCGUCAGGCUCUGGGCCUCGCCCUAGAGACGCGCAGGAUGGACAUCUUUGAGGCGGCCAUCAUGCAGUCGGAUGACGUGAGCGGGAUGCUGUCGUACGCCUUCCAGGUGGCCAUGAGCCUCAUUCAAAACCGAGGAUUUCGCAACACGGUGUUGCGCUGUCUAGUCAGCCUCUAUCGGAAUCUCGGCACUCCCGACUACGUCAAUAUGUGUCAGUGCCUGAUCUUCUUGGACGAUCCGCUGGCGGUGGCCGACCUCUUGGACCGACUGAGCAAAGGUUCACACGAUUGCGUGCUGAUGGCCUAUCAAAUCGCAUUCGAUCUGUACGAGUCCGCGACUCAACAGUUCCUCGGUCGCGUGCUGCAGGCUCUGCGAGCCACCGCGCCGAUUCCGGGCGCGUUGAUGCUCAAACGAGUGGUAAAAGCGAAUGCCACUACUGCUCCUAAAGCCACUGCUGAAGCUAGUACCGAGUCCGCAAAUAUGGAGACUGAUGAAGGAGACGCGGCACCGUCUAACAAGACGGAAGAAAAGGCUCAGCGCAGCGUCGAGAGUCUGAACGCGGAAGAGCGGGAGCAGCAGGAGCGCGUGGACGCUCUGUCCAGUAUCCUCGGCGGCGAAGUAUCCAUCGACUUGCAUCUCCAAUUUUUGAUCCGCAGUAAUCACACGGACAUGCUGAUCUUGAAGAAUACCAAAGAUGCUAUAAGGGUCUCGAUUUGCCAUACUGCCACCGUAAUCGCGAACGCCUUUAUGCAUUCUGGGACAACCAGCGAUCAGUUCUUGAGAGAUAAUUUGGAGUGGUUGGCUCGAGCCACUAAUUGGGCGAAGUUGACUGCGACGGCUUCCCUGGGAGUGAUACACCGGGGUCACGAGCAGGAAGCUUUAGCUCUGAUGCAGUCAUACCUGCCAAGGGACUCUGGUGCCGCCGGUGCCGGGUACUCCGAAGGCGGUGGUUUGUACGCGCUGGGACUUAUACACGCCAAUCACGGUGCCGCCAUUACAGACUACCUCCUGGGUGAAUUAAAAGAUGCUCAGAACGAGAUGGUGCGUCACGGAGGUUGCCUCGGUCUCGGGUUGGCCGCGAUGGGCUCGCAUAGACAGGACGUUUAUGAGCAGUUAAAAUUUAACUUGUACCAGGACGAUGCUGUGACUGGUGAGGCGGCCGGAAUCGCUAUGGGGAUGGUUAUGCUAGGCUCCAAAUCGACCCAGGCGAUCGAAGACAUGGUAGCGUACGCCCAGGAGACACAACACGAGAAAAUCCUGCGGGGCCUCGCGGUCGGCAUCGCUUUCACGAUGUACGGCCGUCUCGAGGAGGCCGAUCCCCUGGUGACGUCUCUGUGCGCCGACAAGGACCCGAUCCUGCGUAGGAGCGGCAUGUACACCCUGGCGAUGGCCUACUGCGGCACUGGCAACAACCAGGCCAUCCGCAAGCUCCUGCACGUCGCUGUCUCUGAUGUUAACGAUGACGUCCGACGGGCCGCGGUUACCGGUCUGGGCUUUCUACUGUUCCGGACUCCGGAGCAGUGUCCUAGCGUGGUAUCUCUCUUAGCUGAAAGCUACAAUCCUCAUGUCAGGUACGGCGCAGCGAUGGCUUUGGGCAUCGCCUGCGCCGGUACCGGCCUGAAGGAAGCAAUCGCGCUACUGGACCCGAUGACAAACGAUCCAGUGAACUUUGUCCGGCAGGGUGCAUUGAUCGCUUCGGCGAUGAUCUUGAUCCAGCAGACAGAGUCCACGUGUGCCCGUGUCAAAGACUUCAGAGCAUUAUACGCUAAGGUUGUUGUGGACAAACACGAGGACGUGAUGGCCAAAUUCGGAGCGAUCCUUGCGCAAGGGAUCAUCGACGCAGGUGGUCGCAAUGUGACCGUGUCCCUGCAAUCACGAACGGGGCACACGAACAUGUUGGCUGUGGUUGGUGCUCUGGUGUUCACCCAAUACUGGUACUGGUUCCCUCUGGCGCAUUGUCUGGCUCUGGCCUUCACGCCCACCUGCCUGAUUGCCCUGAACGCCCAGCUGAAGAUGCCCAAGCUGGAAAUCAGGUCGAACGCUAGACCGAGCGUGUACGCAUACCCCGCACCCCUCGAGGAGAAGAAACGGGAGGAGCGGGAAAAGGUCACAACGGCGGUCCUCAGCAUCGCGGCUCGCGCCAGAAGACGCGAGUCCGAAAGGAAGGCCAGGGAUUCGCAUGAGAAGAUGGAGGUGGAUCCGCCCGCGGAGACGAAGGAGCUGCACGAAGUGAAGGAGGCCGCAUCGUCCUCGAAGGAAAAGGACGUGAACGACAAGAAGAAGGAUGAGAAGGAGACGAAGGAACCAGCGAAGGAGAAAGUUGAAAAGAAGAGCGGUAAGGAUGACGAGAAGGAAAAGAAAGAGCCCGAACCGGGCUUUGAAGUCCUCCAGAAUCCCGCGCGAGUCCUGCGCCAACAAUUAAAGGUCAUCCAACUGGUGGAGGGCAGUAAUUACGUUCCCGUCAAGGACAUUCAGAUUGGUGGCAUCGUCAUGGUCAAGCACAUGCAAACCGAUGCUGAAGAAGAACUCGUCGAGCCAGUCGCAGCUUUCGGGCCGAAACCAGAGGAAGAGAAGGAAGCUGAGCCACCCGAGCCCUUCGAGUAUACCGAGGAUUAAGGGCCGGAAACUCGCGCCGUUCUCCUCCGUCAUCCCCACGUACGUCAUCCGUCAUCGCGAUGGAGUUGCGAUACCCUCGUCGUCACUUUCCGUUAAUAUCACACGCCUGUUUCUUCUUUUUUAUUCGUCAUGGUCGCGUCACUCCAUGCGUGUCUAAUCAUCGUAAUACUUUGCGAGCUGCGAAUAAAGCUAUUACGUCAGAGUUACUCGUGUUGUCAGUCGCUUACCCUGCUAUCCUUUACUUUGAUCAAACGAGAAAUCGCGAAGGCAAGAUUGCUUGCUAUUUAAUUAUUAAUUAUUUACGGAACCAUGAAGCGGAAGUAUUUACGGCGUAACCUAUGCGUAUAUGACGUAACGUUUUAUUUCUUUCGGUUCCACGAGAAUAUCCUUGCAUCAUGUUUCUGUUAGCAAAUAUCCAAUAAAAAAGAAAGAUAUUGGAAUAUCAUGUUCCCGGAAGAGUACGUUAAUUGCACGCACGAUGAUUGUAAAUAAAUCGAUUACACAGCUUCCUUUCGUGUGUUUUGUUAUUUCGUAUAACUUAUGUGAUAAUAAAUUGCAUUUUCAUAAAA